GCCAUCUUUAGCUUAGUGUAUUUGAAUUUUUGUCAUUAGAAGAUAACAGGAAGGGAAUAACUGGUUCGUUGGAAGAUGUCUUUUAAAACAUGCCUGAGGACAUUGGAACGGCUUCAGACGGCACAAUAUUCGACUGUGGUUCGUCAGAAAGCGGAUGAAGCCUUAGCUACCAUGAUAAGGGUAGAUCAUGCUGGCGAGUUUGGAGCAGAUCGGAUAUAUGCAGGACAGAUGGCCGUCCUUGGUAAUACCAAAGUAGGACCGAAGAUAAAGGAAAUGUGGGAGCAGGAGAAGCACCACAGGAACACGUUCGAGAAUUUGAUCCAGGAGUACAGGGUACGACCGACCGCUUUACUCCCGUUCUGGAAUUUGGCUGGCUUCGCUUUAGGCGCAGGAACAGCACUCCUUGGAGAAAAGGGGGCGAUGGCCUGUACUGUCGCCGUGGAGUCAGUGAUCGUGGACCACUACAACGAUCAGCUGAGGACCCUGAUGAAUAACCCGGAGGUCGACCCCAAAGUGAUGCAGAUCAUCAAGCAGUUCAGGGACGAAGAGCAGGAGCAUCACGACACUGGCAUUAAGUACGGAGCUGAGGAAGCUCCCUUCUACGAAGCCCUUAGCAACAUCAUCAAGGGGGGCUGCAAGAUUGCUAUUGAGCUAUCGAAGAAGUUUUAAAGAAGUUACAUCUAUUAUCGCAUUUUUUAAGUUAAAGCAAAUUUUCUCUGCAUCUAGAUUAGUUAUGUAUCUGUCGGAGAAUUCUGUAUUAUAUUUAUGUAAUUAAAAUAUAUUUAUAAUUAGU